AUGUCAGAUGAUGGCUUGCGAAACCUACUCAAGUUGCUCGUCGCGGAGCGCCUGCCGAUGCUUGAAGCCAUCACUGUGGCGGACUUCUCCAGACUUUUCUUCUAUCCGCUUCGACUGAGACAGGACGUCUUGCAACAUUGUGUCGGCAGAUUUGACUUUACGCUGCGAUACUUCGGAGGAAAAUAUCGCGUGAGCGGCGUGCGGUACCGCGGCGCUGGAGCGGGGAUGCCGUCCGGGCUGCGUGCACUCGCGGACAAUCCCACGUACUCAGUACCGGGGAGUCCUGGGCGGAUGUAUAUGAAGCAGUACACGGGAGACAGCGUCGGAUAUAUUGUUGAUGAGGCACUCCUACUGGAUUCAGAGGGUGCCUCUUUGGAGAACGAGUAUCUGCAUUUGUCUGACCUGUAG